UCAUAACAUUUUAAUAAUUAUAACUCCUAAAAAAUAUUCUCUAGUUGAUGAGUCCCCACACUCCCCCACAUGGAGCUUAAUUUUUAUAAAAAAUUUAUAUUAUUAAACCUUAAACACUUAAACCUCUUUACUUGGGCCAACUCUGUGAACUGAUUAGUUGGCUCAGUGGGCCCCCAAGACCUUGUUAUAUUCGGCCCAUGCCAAGAGCGUCCAUUAAAAGGCCACGUCGACGACGAUGGCUCGAUCGGUGAAAACGGCAGUGAUCGGAGCCGGACCUGGUGGUUUGGUCGCCGCCCGGGAGCUCCGCCGCGAGGGCCACGAGGUCACCGUCUUCGAGAAGUCUACCCGCGUUGGCGGCACAUGGGUCUACGAUCCCUCCACCGACUCCGAUCGGGUGGCCGUCCACGGGAGCCUAUACCGCUCGCUGCGCACCAAUCUCCCUCGCCAGCUGAUGGGUUUCCUCGAUUACCCGUUUCCUGGGCCAUCGGAGAGUUUCGUCGAUCCCCGGGCGUUCCCGGCGCAUGAGGAAGUGCUUGCUUUCCUUGAGGGUUUCGGGAGGGAUUUUGGGGUUUUGGAGAUGGUUCGGUUUGGUGCGGAGGUGGUUAGGGUUUGGUUGGCGAGGGACGGCGGCGAGUGGAGCGUGGAGUGGCGGAAUGAUGAUGGAUCGGUGGCGGAGGAAAGGUUUGAGGCGGUGGUCGUCGCCAACGGGCAUUACUCCGUGCCGAGGAUCGCUGACAUUCCAGGCAUUGAUAAAUGGCGUGGCGAGCAAAUACACAGCCACAAUUAUCGCAUUCCUGAGCCUUUUAGGGACCAGGUUGUGGUAUUGAUUGGAAUGUCAGCCAGUUCCUUUGAUAUCUCUAGAGAAAUUUCAAAAGUAGCGAAGGAAGUGCAUAUAACCUCAAGAGCAAAAGAUACUGUAGUUGGAAAGUUAGAUAAACAUGAUAAUAUUUGGCAACACAAAAUGGUAAAAUGUGUCCAUGAAGAUUGUGAAGUGGAAUUUGAUGAUGGUGCAUCACUUCAUGCUGAUUGUAUAUUCUAUUGCACAGGUUACGAGUACCAUUUCCCUUUCCUAGAAACAAAUGAGUUUAUAAGCAUUGAAGACAACCGUGUCGGACCUCUAUAUAAGCAUGUUUUCCCUCCCGCCGUGGCCCCUUGGCUUUCUUUUGUGGGAAUACCUAAUAAGGCGAGUUUUUUCAUGACAUUAGAGCUACAGUCCAAGUGGAUAGCCCAAGUUUUAUCGGGCAAAGUGACAUUAUCAUCACAAGAGACCCUGAUGGCAUCAAUUGAAGCAUAUUAUCAGGAAUUAGAGCAUGUAGGGCAACCUAAACAUCAUACUCACAGUCUUCAUCCCAAUGAGAUUGAGUAUCUGAAUUGGUUAGCUUCUGAGGUCAGUUUGCCAUCGAUAGAGGAAUGGAAAAUACAGAUGUAUCAUGCAGUUAUCGAGAGCUUCAAGUCUGGCAUUGACGGGUUUCGAGAUGACUGGGAUACUGAAUAUUGGACCGGGAAAUCCAUCUCUGCCUUCUCUAAGGGAGCCAGAACCCAUUGACAGCCCAUACAAGUAAUAAUGAAUAUCGACAAACCAGGAAUAACGACGGCAGAGAAAACUCUCUGUUGUAUUUCACAAAUUUAUGUGAUUUUCUUUUUACAAGGUGAUUGUUCAUUGUGGGAAAUACUGUAUUCACAUCCCAUGUAAGUCAUUAUUUGUAGUCUUGAACUCUCUUUUGUAAGUUUUAUAUGCAUCUGAAAAAAAAAAUCAUUUGUUAAUUUCCUU